AUGUUUUCUGGGGUUUUCGCGACGAGUCGAUGUUGGAAUGCCGGCACUCCGAUUUCUCUCACCGUCACUUUCGGCACACCGAAUUUUGGGGAUCCGAUCCAUUCAUGGAGAUCAAUAUCUGAUGGUUCUCCUAAAGGAAUCAGAUAUUUCCCUCCCGAGUUAAUACGCCGCCACAAAUGGCCCUUCCACAACUUCAAAGAGGUUUCGUGGUUGUAUGGAUUCAAAGAUGUUGAUUUCCCGGUGUUAGAGUAUGAAGCUUUGUUCAUUGGGAAAGCUGGAGAGGAAAAUAGGGGCCAGUUGUAUUGUUUCGAAGAUCGUUGGAAUCGCCGUGUUGCUUUGAGGUCUGAGCUGGCUCCUUCACUGGCUAUGCUGGUCAUUCGGAAA